AUGGGCUCUUCCAACUUGGAAAUGGGGAUUAUCUUCCUCAUUCAGGCAGCAGUGGGGAUCCUGGGAAAUUCCCUCCUCUUUGGUGUUUAUACCUUCACUUUGCUCACAGGACACAAGUUGAAACCCAAAGACUUGAUUCUCAACCAACUGGUCUUAGCCAACAACUUGGUGCUUUUCUCCAAAGGGAUCCCUCAGACCAUGGCAGCUUUUGGAUGGAAAUCUUUCCUAGAUGACCCUGGAUGUAAAGUUGUCUUCUAUGUCCACAGGGUGAGCAGAGCCCUCAGCAUCACCUGCCUGUUGAGUGGCUACCAGGCCAGUAAGCUUCAUCCUAAAAUCUCUGGGGUGAUGGGGCUCAGAACAUCUCCAAAAUGCAUUGGCUUCUGCUGUUUCCUCUGCUGGAUCUUGCAUCUCCUGUUAAAUAUCUACACUCCAAUGAAAAUGACUGGGCCAGUGAACAGCAAAAACCUUACUUUAAAAAAUAUAUUUGUCUACUGUUCUAAACUACCACAAGAUAAACUUAGAGACUCACUAAAUGCUGUCAUAUAUUUUUAUUUUGACUUUGUGUUUUUGAGCAUCAUGGUGUGGGCCAGUGGCUCCAUGGUCCUUGUCCUGCUCAGGCACAAGCAGCGAGUCCAACACAUUCACAGCCUCAGCCUUUCCCCCAGACCCUCCCACGAGGCCAGAGCCACACAAACCAUCCUGAUGCUGGUGAGCUCCUUCGUCUGCUGUUACUGUCUCUCUUCCAUUUUGUCUCUUUGCAUAGCAUUUAUUCGGAGUCCAAACGAGUGGCUAGUAAACAUCAGUGUGUUUGCAGCAUCAUGUUUUCCAACAUUCAGCCCAUUUGUGUUCAUCAGCAGUGAUGUGCAUGUCUCUCGGUUCUGCUCUGCCUGUUGGACAAGGAAAACAAUUUCCUUAAUCUGGUAA